UGAUAUUAACGUCGUGGCAUCAAGGAUAAUGGUGAAAAACUACCAUGAAAGUUGCUAAUUUGUCUAGAGCCCCCUCAUCCUAAAAUAUGUUCCGGCGUCCCUGCAUUUGAAUAUCCAAGUCCUCACAAGGUAAAGAAUAGUGUAUGAUCUGGUAUGACGUAAGCCCUCUCUCUUCAGCUGUUUAAAAUUCAACUUUGGACGCGGGACUUAUAAUGUCUGUCUCUUUUGGCCAGGCUACAUACAUACAACAUACAUCAAAAGUCAGAUUGAGUAAAAGAAACUGUAGAUGAAAUUCCAAAUUAAAUCGAGUCUAAAGUAUUAUUUAUUUUUGAUAACCCUUUUUUUAUAAUGCUCAUAAUUCUCAAUGCUUUUUACUUUAAUUGGUAGUCUGUUACAUAUUACGCCUGCUCUGCGUUUGAAUGAGCUUCGUCCAAAUGCUGUUUUAGGUCUGUUCAAGACAACUUUUACAUUAUCCCUGAGAUUCAUUGAUCCUGAUUUUGAGUGUUCUAUCAAGUCCAUCAUGGUCUCUUGGCCUUUCUCGUAAUGCAAUUUGUGUGAUAUGCAUGCAACUCUUCGCUUGUACAUGUAUUCAACAGAUUUCCAGUUCACUGUUUCCAGUAUUUUAAGAUCAUGCAAUGAUUUUGGUAGUUUAUCGACUAUUUUGGCUGCCCUUUUGUGGAUUCCACCCAGCAAGUCCCUGAUCCCCGGACUGCAAUGCCAUAUGUAGCAGCAGGCAGUAUGCUUUGAAAGUAGAUCUUCUCUAGAACUUGAGGUGACAGUGCUUGAAACUUCUUCAGCUGUUUUAUCUUCUUGUUCAUAUUAGCUGUUUUGAUUAAGCUACAACUUCAUUUUGAUUCAGGCUCAAUGUAUUAUGACAAAUAACAGAGCACAGCUGGGGGUUGUGAUAAUCUGCUUUGUGAUAUGCAAAAGCUAGCACGUAAGGGGAAAAUAGGUCAUCUUUAGUGCCAUAUCCGCGCUUGUUUUUGACUCAACUUCUUGCUGCAUUUUCGUUGAUAGAUUGAUUUUGACUUGAUAAUUCAAAAACAAAGCCUCACGGGGUCCUUGCAGGGUCCUUGUGUUGCCUUUGGAGACUAAUUUAUCCAUUUUCCAUCAAAGCUGAAUGAUUUAUGGGUCAACUGUCCUUGUUGCCCUUUUAUAGGAGGAGCAAGGGGGCUGAAGUGCCCUAUUCAUAGAAGUACUUUUGAUGCCGGCCUUUUGCCCCUUUGCCCCCUGGUCGUUCCGUCGUCCUUGUUUACAGUAGAUAUAUACUAGCUAUAUUAAGAUUCUUGUUUUAUAAUUAUCCAAAUUUGAAUCUCAAGGCAGUUGAAAUGUAUAAGCAAUAAUGAAACUGUGACUCCACUCCCCCCCCCCCCCCAUAAAAGAAAAAGCCACCAGUAAAAAUUUUUGAUGCAAAAAAGGCCCUGUGGAUUUUAGAGGAUAUUUGAUAUUUACGGUAUUCGAUGUUUUCCUCUCUUUGGCAACACUCGAAAAAAGCCACUUUUCGAAAGUAUGAUUCAACAAAAGGAUUCACAGAGAUCAGAGUGGAUUGAAUUUGAUUCAUUUUUAAAUUCUGUUACCAACACUAGAUUCUCGUAAUCGUGUUACUUUGUUUCUGACUAUUACCGAUUAUUAUGAUUUGCUUCGUGUUGCGCAUUUCCAUGAACAGCGCAAUGAGGUCAUUGGAACAGCGUGACGCUGCAUGGGCGCUUUUUUCUUUCGGUUCCCUGUACUUUGUAGUCCUUGGCAACAUUGAAAUAUAUCAGUUCAGUCCUCAAGAUGGCUGCUCACGGUGAAGUCCAUGGCCAAGCAACUGCUGGCGAAAUGGAGGAAGAAGUUCAAAAAUCUCACGAGAAAAUAACCGUCAGGGUUGCUAAUGUGAAAAAUCUUCAAGGUCUGAAAGGCAGCACCCUUACAUCUUUUGUCCGAGUCGAGUUCGGUUCACAAGUCAUCGGCGAGUCCCCGAAGUGUGAGAACGACAGCUCGAACGGGAUCACAGUUUUCGAUUACGAAUGCACGCUUAACGCCAACGUUAAUGACCCAAUGUUUCUUGACGAGUUAGUACAAACACCUUUUGUUAUUUCAGUCGUUGAAGUUUUACCGAAAGAAAAAAAAGCACGCGAAGAAAAGACAAAUGUUGUGGGACAAACUUGUCUUGAUCCUUUACCGCUUUUGCAAGGUGAAGCAGUCAUUUCUCGUGUUCUUCAAUUGUUUUCAGGCGCAGCCACACAAGAUUCUACAGUAUCACAGGAGCUUAAUUUGCCAGAAAUGGAAGUCUCUUUAGCAGUCGAGGAGCCUCUCUUUUCUCAUGAACAACUGAAAGCAUGCAAUUUGUUGAGAAUGGGAAUUGACAAUUUAUAUUCGUUGCCAGAAUCGUGGAGUCAAAGCACAGGGACUCAGUUUAUGUAUUUCGUUGCACUGCCAAUGCCAGUGUCGGCAAACAAGGAAGUUACUGUUUUCAUUCCGAAUGGAACUUUUCAUGCACCAGGGGAACUGGAAAAUAGUAACUUCAGGAAAUGGUGUUCUGCACCAACAGCCUCUGGUUCCUGCUUGUAUAUGUCUGACAGACCAGUUACUUCAAAUCCUUAUGAAAAUGAUGAUGGAGAUUUGCAAGGAAAGGAUGAUAUAGUGUUCCGAAAAGAGGCAGAAAGCGAGAAGGCAUGUGUUACUUGGAAUAUUGAAAGGCGUUGCUUUUUCACAAAGACAGCAUGUGAAAGCUUGAUGAAGAAAAUUGCCCAGAACAGAAUCUGGCCUUUAGAAGUUUUUAGAACAACUUUAUCUCAAGGAUCAAAGACCAACAAGAAAGGAGAGGAGGAAAAUAUUCUUUCAUUUCAUGGGGUAGUCUAUGUUGAUAUGGCACCUUUACUUUAUCCUGGUAUGAAAAGAAUUCGCGGUGCCUUUCUUGUCAAGCCAUAUUCUGAAACAGAUAUUAAUGCAAAGACUGGAAGGAAAAGUAUAGUGACAGAAGAGGCAGCAAAACUAAUUUUGCUGGCUAGAACCAGUAGCUCAGGGCUUCCACCUAAAGCACCAGCAACUAAAGCCAAAAAGCAAGAAGAGAAGCCAAAACCAUCAGCUGCUGUAUUGAAGCCACCUGAUCAGACUUUGGACUCUGAACAUGCUGAGAUGAAGAAAAGUGAGGGGCAGCAAUUUGUUGAUGCACACUCAUACAUGGUUCUUGAUUUUGAGUUGGAUUCAUCUCUUGUACCAAGAAGAGAACCUGAUGCAUUGGCUAAAAAGGUUUUAGAAUUGGUUCCUCCUAGGCCUUUAUUUUCUAAAAAGGAAGGUGGGGCAAAGAAAGCAAUUGAAAAUUUUCAAAAUCACAUUGGUGUUACAGCUAACAUGCUUCUGGACGACUAUCAGAAAAUGUUCUCAGAAGAUUUUGAUACUGAACAAGAAAAUGGAGCAGACAAAAGGCGGAGAGCAUUUCUGUAUCACCUAAAUUCAUCUGGAAAAUACUUUGCGAUGAAAGAGCAACUGAAAUACUAUGUUGUGAAAAUUGUAAGAGAAAAAUUUAUGAACACUUCACAGUUCAAAACAAAAACAGAACUGCAGGAAUUCAUCUCUCAGUUAUAUGAAUUCCUUCUUAGUCAUAUGCACCAAGGGCUGAGUGACUUUUUGUCAACAGAGGAAUCAGUUGAGAUUCCACCUCCAAUCAGAGAUUCUGAAAUGAUGAAGUUCUUUGCAAGGGAGGCUGAAAUACUGUUUGAUUAUCCCCAUGCUGCUAAGUACUACCAGGAACGAAUCUCACUCAACAAGAACGACCCUGAAUGCUGGCUUGAUUAUGGCUGCUUCUGCCUCUUCAUUGAUGACACAAAAAAGGCACAAGAGUGUUUUAAGGAAGUUGUUUCCAUUGAUCAAAAACAUUUCAUUGGCUUGGUUUUGAAUGGAUGCAUGGCUCUAUUUACAGAUGAUUUCACUGCAGCAGAAGUCUUCUUUGAAUCAGCCGCAUAUUCUCAUCCUGAUAACGAAAUUGGAUGGACUUUGUUGGGACUGUUCUAUUCUGGUGUGCAUAAUGACAUUAUGGCCGAGAGAGCAUUUAAUGAAGCUUGCAGGCUAAAUGAUCCAAAUUUGUCUGCAAAGAAGUCAUAUAUCGACAUAAACAAUGGAGAAAAUGAAAAGCUAACAACUUCAAAAGAAGGUUUGGCAGCUGCUGAGCACCCAGGUCAUUCAGAGUGCAAUUAUGAGCCUUCAGUUACUCAAGAAACACCAAGGCAGUCAGAAGUGGCACCAAAAUUUGUCAACACCAUGAGCCCCUUUUUGCAAGCUGCUCGAUUCUUGAUUGACCACAGAGUUCUCAAUCUUGCAGAAAGAGCAUUAUCUCAUGAAUUAGUAGCACCAGGUCAUGGGGAGUCUGCAUCAUAUUUCCAGCUUCUCGCAGAGACACAGGUUAUGAAAAAAUCUCAUAGUGAAGCCAAGUCAAGCAUUGAUGAAUGCUUGAAAUUGCACCAUCAAAAUCCAGAUGCAUGGGCCUUGUUAGGCCAUUUACACUUCUUGACUGGAGACCAAAAUGAAGCAAAAAUAGCAUAUGAGCGGACCCUUUCUUACUGCAGUGAUGCAAAAGAUAAACAUUCUUUGUUGCUGCGUUUGGCAUCCAUUUAUCUUAAUGAGAAAGAAUAUUCCAAAGCAAAACAGACUUACCUAGAGGCCUGCAGCAAAAAAGCUACAUGCAUGACCUGGUUAGGUGCUGGUAUUGCAUCAUACAGGCUAGGAGAAUUGAAGGAAGCAGAGCAUGCAUUGAAUGAAGCAAAUAUUCUUGACAACCACAAUACAGUGGUAUGGGCUUAUCUAACUCUGGUUUGCCUGAAACAGAAGCGACAUCUAGAGGCAGAGCAGUGUUACCAGUAUGCAGUGAAAACAGGACCUUCAGAGUCAACUUUAAUGGAAGAAAUUAAGAAUACAAUGAAGGAGACUGGGUUUGAUAUUUCAUUGAUCAUGUGACUGUAUUGUUGUUGGGCGGAGUUAUAAAACACGAGGUACAGGAUGCUUGCCUAGAAGGUCGGGACUCAGAAGUUGAUGUUGUGCCAUGCGAUGGUAAUAACCCGAAUCAAAAAUGGGAUUUCAACAGUUAUCCUUUCGACGAAAAACGAAAAG